CCGGCGCUGCGGGGCGGCCCUCGGGCCUAGAAGACCGUCGCGGAUGGAGCGGCUGCGGGUGCAGGCGGAGGGCGCGGCGGCGGUGGACGAGUACGUGGAGUACCGGAGAAUUGUAGGUGAUGACGACGGAGGAAAACUUUUUACCCCAGAGCAAUAUGAAGAAUACAAAAGAAAAAUGUUACCAAUACGAUUACAGAACAGAUUGUACGUGAGCUGGAGAUCACCAACUGGGAUGGACUGUAAACUUGUGGGCCCGGAGACACAGUGUUUUUGUACCCAUAGGUAUAAACAACACAAAACAGAUUAUGAAGAGAUUCCAAAAGAUCGUCCUAUUUGUGUACCCUGUCGAGUGAGCCGUUGCCCGUGCAAAUCCUAUCACUAUGUCCCUCUAAAUGGCACUCAGCCCAUUCGUUGUAGAUGCAAGCACUUUGCUGAUCAGCACAGUGCAGCACCUGGAUUUUCCUGUAACUCCUGUUCCAAAUGUUCAGGAUUUCACAGCUGCUUUACCUGUGGGUGUGGUCAGCCAACAUAUGCGCAUGAAACGGUUGUGGAAACCAAACAAGAGAGCUUAGCCCAGGGAAAACCUGUGGGACAGGAUGUUCCUUAUGCUGCAAUGGGAGGAUUAACUGGCUUUAGUUCACUGGCCGAAGGCUAUAUGAGACUUGAUGACAGUGGAGUAGGGGCACCCUCUGCUGAAUUUCUAGAGUCACCUAGUAGUAGCAUGGACCAUCCAUUUCUAAAAGCAUUCCAAGGCCCCUCCAGUUCUGCACAAGCCAGCUCACAAUUAACAGGUGGUUCUAGUGCAGCAAAGCAAGUUUCUAAUUUAAGGAGUUCUGAAGAAGAUGACAUGGCUUACUUUGAAAAACAGUACCAGGAACGGCUGAAAAAGGAGAAGGCUGCUAAACAGAAAGUUAAAGGCCUGCUGCUAUCAAAGAAUCCAUGAAGAUUAAUGAAACAAAGGAGUUUUUGUAAUAGAGAAUUAUCAUUAUAUUUAAGGGUAUUUUCAUAGUAUUUAUUGCACACACAUAUUUUCUAGUUUCUCAGUAUUAACACUGCUAUAUUAAAGUAUUGAUGAAAUUCAUUUAAAAAUACUUGGUGAUUCUGGUUCUUUGAAAUAAAAUUAUUACUUUUUAUUAAAGCAGCUUGACAUACUAUCUAAGCUCUCAAAUAUUGCUGCAUGGAUCUCACCUUUGUUGUAGAAGAUGUGUCAUAUGUAGUGGAAAAUGAUGGUUUUUAGAGACUUCUAGAAUUUUUCAUUUAGGCUUUGAUCUAGCAAACACAUGUUUAAGUGCUUUGCUGAAUCAGAGCCUUAGGACAGCAGGAAAAAUAUACAUUAUACACCACAUCAUAUCCUCAGACUUCCAUUAUGUACCUGCUUCUUUAUAUGUGGAUUUAGAGUUCUUGUUCCUAACUUCCUACUCACUGGGGUUGUAGUACGCAUAAGGAUGACACGCAAAUUCGCGAAGCGUUCCAUAGUUUUAGGACACCGUCAAUGCCACACUGAGUAACUGAGACCGCAGACCAGGGAAAUAACCCACUUCCUUCCCUGACAAACCAAGGGACACACCCCCACUCAUGUACUUAUCCGCUACACCGAUACUGACUUGGACUCCUUAUUCAUUCCAUGGGUGGUGUACCCAAGCCCACUUAUCCACUGACACUUUAAAAAUCCUUGCACCCCAGUCUGGAUCUGUGCAGGUCGUGCAAUAUGUAUGUAUCUUUUCAUCCUUGCAAACGAUAUUUGUAACCCCCCAUAACCAAAGCCUGACCCCAGAUGUACAGUACCUUCCCUCUUAACUCGUGUAUAUUUCAUUUUAAACAUUCACUUUAAUAAAAUGUUUAACAUUGGA